AGGAUCCUCUCUCUCUUAAAGCCGGGUCAGAAAGAAGGAGAUCGGCAGAGCUGAGAGUGAGAGGCACUGAGGAGAGAACACACACACACUCUUUUACUGACUCUUAAACACACACAGAGAGACACACACACACAAACAAAGACAAGCAACCUAUUGUACACACACACACGCACACACACACACAGAUCAAUCCAACACACACACUUUAACACACACACUUUGUUGGACUCUGGACCGACCACUUGAGGAUACAUCCCUCAGAACUUUCCCAUCAUGCACCAGCGGAGCCUCUCAGAGCUCCAGGGGGUCUCCACCCAGAGGGGGGCCUCGACCCGAAGGACUACCCAGGAUCGAGCCUCGUGGAGCUCCAAGCAGAGGAGGGGGUCCGGGCGCCGGUGUCUCUGCCCGCCGACGGGAGCUCCUCUUUGGGCAUGGCUCCUGCUGGGGGCCCUGGUGGUUCCUGGAGCCUGGAGCUUUCUGAGCGAGGAGCAGGAGGAGCUGCUGGUGGAGCUUCAUAACUACUACAGAGGACAGGUUUCCCCCAGCGCCUCAGCUAUGAUGCCUCUGAAAUGGGACUCAAACCUGAAGGUGAUCGCAGAGGGCUACGCUGCUAAAUGUAUCUGGAACCACAACCCAGAACUGUUGGAAAGCGGAGAGAAUCUGUUCGCCGGCACCGGGCCCCUGGACCUCCGCGAGGCUCUGGAGAAAUGGUUUCUGGAACAUCUGGACUACGACUUCAACAAUAACAGCUGUGAUGAAGACAAAAUGUGUGGACACUACACACAGAUGGUGUGGGCAGACACACACAGAGUCGGCUGUGCCUUCCAUCUCUGUAACAACAUGGAGGGACUGGACUGGGAGAGAGUCUCCUUCCUUGUCUGCAACUACUACCCAGCAGGGAACUAUGAAGACGAGAGGCCGUAUGUUGAAGGGGAGUGGUGCUCCAGAUGUCCUGAGAACCUCCAGAAAUGUGAAAACAACCUCUGUGUUGCUGACACUGAGGACGAACUAGAGGAUGAUGAAGAGGAGGAGGAGACGGUUAGUCCUCCUCCUCAAGAUACAUUUGAGCCCUCCCUCCAGCCUGAAGAGGAGGAGACGUUUGUCCAUCCUCCAGCUACAUCUGAGCCCUCCCUGCAGCCAGAAGAGGAGGAGACGGUCGUGCCUCCUCCAGCUACAUCUGAGCCCUCCCUGCAGCCAGAAGAGGAGGAUGAGGCUGCUCCUCCUUCUGCAACAACUGACCCUUAUGUCAGCAGCACCACCGCCUCAAGAGAGGACUUUGAGGACAUGGAAUCACCUGCGACCCCUUUCCCAGGCACCUAUCCUCCAGAAGUCCCUGCAACCACACUGGGAGAGAAGGAGAUAAAGGAGGAGGAAGAGAAGAUAAAGAAAACUACAAAUAAGAUGGAGGAAAAGGGUGCGAGAGACGUAGCAGGAAAAAAAUACCACAAGAACGAAGUUCGUGUCAGUGCUGGUUCAGUAUCUUCACCGUCUCUCCUGUUAGCCUGUCUGACUGGGAUCCUGACUCUGAGGCUGUGAGGAGGAGGAAGAGGAGGAGGAGGAGGAAGGACGGAGGAAAAGAAGAGAGUGAAUAAGUUCACCUCACCUCACCACUCCUGCGUUGACUGCACAUUACCUUGUUAAUCCGCCCCGUGGUAACAAACAGUUCCCCCUCUCUCCCCCUGCAGAGUAAUAUGGGUCAAUUAAUAAUUCAUACUCAUCAGAAAACCAUUUUCACAACAUCUGCAUGUAGUCUGGGCCGAGAUCUGGGUCACAUAACCUGCUUCAACCUGCUUGGAAUACAAAAAAAGUACUAAAUAUGUCGUGUUCAUAUUACGGACACACAUUCGCAGCAUCUGCUCGGGGGAUUUCUUUGACCGCUGACUGAAAACACAACUGUAGGUGAGAGAAAACACUGAGGGUUUAUGAUGUGCAGCAGCUUUUAAAAGGACAGUUUGCCCCAAAAUAAAAUAAAACAUUUUCCCUCUGACCUGUAGUCUAUCUAUCUAGAUUGUUUAGGAGAUAUCAGCCGUAAUGAUGUCUGCCUUCUCUCCAGUAUAAUGGAACCAGAUGGUGCUUGGCUCGUGGUGCUCAAAGCGCCAAAAAACUACAUCUGAAAACCUCAACAGCAAAAUCUUAUUCCAGACAUCAGCAGACUGAGCAGGUUCAUGGAGGAACCAUUUUCUACCAAACAAACCCUCUGACAGUAGCUUAGCAUUAGCUAUCUCAGUGGUGCUAGGUGAGCGGGCUAAUUUUCUUUCUAUGUAUAAACACACAGAAGUAACCAUACGUGUUCUCAUGGAAGAGAUGUUUGUGCAGGACGUAAAAAACCUUCCUCCUCAGCUGAGCUGUAACGUUAGCUAGCUACCUAGCACCCCUGAGAUAGCUAACGUUCAGCUACGGCUUAAGACAUUUAAAAGGUCCAGUGUGUAACAUUUAGGAGGAUGUAUUGUCAGAAAUGGAAUGUAAUGUUCAUAGUAGUGUCGCCGUGUCUUCAUCCCCAGAAUCAGAGUCCUGGUUGGAGCCACUGGAAAUCAGCUGGCCUCUAUUGGUCCGCCCCGCUCAGGUUCUGUGGCUCAUUCGGGCCGCGCUCCCCGGGAGUAUUCCCCGCUGCUGCUACGCUAGUAGUGAUUAAACUCCCCGUCCUUCCAGCUCCCAGUCCGGGUACAGGCAGUUCAUAGGACUACUAACAGCAGCUAGUACAGUUAGCAUAUGCAGCAUUGCACAGGUAAGAGACUUCCUGUGUUACAAGAGGAAAGGUCUGUGUUGCAACGACCCUCUCCUUAAUUUUCAUUUUAUGCUUUUCUGCGACUAUCAGUAGGGUGGCCAUUUCCUUCACAUCAAAAAGGAGGACACUUUGCAUACACAGGGACACACAAGCAGAUAUUUGUUUGGUAUGAUCCGGUUUUAAAUGUUAAUGUUUUUCCAGCAGAUUACAUAAAGGUGCAUACACAUACCACAUAGCUAAUAAUAAAUAUACAAGAUACAGCUCAUGACAACGUGCCCUUCCAAUUCAGAUUACAUAGGUCUAAUAACCAUCAUACAGAAACUGUUCUUGAUGGUUUUAUCUGGGGAUAAAGGGCUUUGUCUAUCUACAUCUGAGUAUGAGCAUUUUCAGAAUUUCAGUCCAACAACUGACGUUAGCUCACCUUAUGUUCUCUGUGGCUGAGAGUUUGAUUGACAGCCUGGUGGUAACCUAGCAAUCAACACAUGGCUCAUUUGAAUAUUAAAAUCAGCCAUGUGUUGAUAGGUCAAGACACGAAAAUGUAACCAAUGAAAUUAUUUAUUUUGACGCACAUUUUUAGCCAAUAAGAAUUAAAGAAACGAGGUAAUGUGUCAGACUAACGAUUAAGUUGACCAUUAGGGGGCGAUCCUGAUUCAUAGGUAUGUUUUCAUUAGUGUAUAAUAGCCUGAAAAUAAGAGUAGUGUUUUCAUUACUUUAGAAUGAGUUGUUUUUAUCUACAGACACUGUGGGGGUCGCCUUCCUUGGAGGCAGCCAUGUUGAUCCGCCAUAUUUCUACAGUAGCCCAGAACAGACAAACCAAACACACUUGUGAGUUUUGCUGCCACCAUAGUUCCUCUUACACACUUCACAGCCGUUCUCAUUCCCAGGUAUAAAAUUCCAGAUGUAAGCAGUUCAGUUAGUUAUAAUAUGCUUUGCCGCUAGAUGCCACUAAAUCCUACACACUGGUCCUUUAAUGUGACAGCAGGCUGAGGUGAAUAAGGAACAUUUCGGGCUGUACUCCUAGUGUCCUUAUUCCAAAACUACAUACAGCUACAGAUAAAGUAACCUUACCUGUUCCAUGCACUUACACUGUAAGUGGAUUUCACAGUUUAUCAUGAAGUGAUGUUGUGAUACCACAAUAAUACCAACGCUUUUCACCCAGAAGUCCGUUCGAGUUUAGAUGCUGGACGCCAAAAAGUGUAAAAUUUUAAGUUUGUGUGAGCUCUGACGGGGAGCUGCAGAGUGUCUGUACUGAGAAACAAAAAGGGUUUGAGUGCUGUAAAGAGAGGCUACUCACAAAAAGGAAUAAAAGUCCUCCCUCUCAGAUCGCCUCCUCAUGUUUGUCAGUCGAUCAUUUAUCUGCAGGGUGAAGGCGGUAUCGGUGGAAGGAUUUAAAUAUACAGUAUCAUCUCAUGUGGAACAGCCACUGUAGAGAGUGGGAGACAUUGUGUUUUUAGUGUUUAGUAAAUGCAGGAGAAAUGAUUGCUGAACAGUCUUUGUUGUGUCAAACUGACGACCCUGCUUCUUCUUUCACAAAUAUAUAUCUACUGUACGUCAUAUAUACUCUCUCAGACUGGAACUGCAACUGGACAGAGUCUCUAAUAAUUGACAUAUCUCUGUUACACUGUCGUAGACCACAGGAAAUUACCAUAACGAUCUUUAAUUACUUUUAGCAAAGAUUGCUGUAAAUGUCUGUAUAUAAGAUUAAUAAAGAAAUAAACCUUAUUUCUUCUUUUUGA